GACUUCGGCCACAGAUUCUCGACUGCAACAAAAAAUCAUCCGGAGACAAAUCAGCCAUGCGCAGUAAAGCACCAGAAGAAAUCGAAUCCCGCAAUGUGUUCGACAUAUCAUACGUGACGGCGGUGCUAACAGGUGCUGGAUCUGGAAUUGGGCUCAUGAUUGCACAAGCACUGGUGGCAAACGGAGCAAAGGUAUACGUUGUAGAUCGAAGGAAAGAUGCUUUGGAAGUUGUCACUGCGAUCUACAACACCGGCCCAGGAGUUAUGAUCCCAUUGGUCGCCGACAUCAGCGUAAAGGAAGAGGUUAUGGAGCUUGCGCAGCACAUUGGCUCUAUCGAGGGGAAUGGCAUUCAGCUCCUCAUCAAUAAUGCUGGCAUCGCAUUGGACCACCAAACACGAUUUGCGGAGAAUGGCCAACCGUGCUUGAAAGACGCUCAUGCCAUAUCAGAACACUUUCUACGAUCAACUCCGAGCGAUUGGAGUAAGUCCUUCGAAACCAACGUUAUGGGCGGGUUUCUGAUGUCAAUGGCGUUUCUGCCUCUUCUGGAAAAGGGUUCUGGAAUUUUCAACGGGCACACAUCGAGCAUAAUCAACAUGUCGAGCAACUCAGCUUUUCUGAAAGACACGUGUCGAGGCUACAUUUCUUACGCAGCCAGCAAGGCAGGAACGGUGCAUCUCAGUAGAAUGCUGGCCUCUCUGCUCACAGAGACGAGUGUUCGAGUGAACCAGAUAGCGCCAGGCACAUUUCCUUCUGAGAUGACUACAGGAUGCUCGGGAGCAGAUCAGAAAUCUGUCAUGAACCGUCCCGUUGUUAAUGCAUCUGGUCGGGCAGGAAAAGAGUCAGAUAUCGCCGGCACGAUACUACUUCUGGCCAGUGUUGCAGGAUCCUUCUACAAUCACCAGAUCUUAUUCCCUGAUGGCGGCGAGACAUUGAUAGUCCCUGCAGCGAUCUAGUUGGUGGCUUAUGUUGAAUGAGCCUGCGUCGAUUGACGUUGCCGCUCAUAGCAGCCGAAUCAGAUAUCUCAAGCAAUUCUUUGCCCACAGGCAAUUGCAUGACCUUCUCAAGAGGUCACUGCUUCCCUAAGACAUGUCUCCAGGUCACUGAAACCUGAUCUUCCAUACCGCUCAAGAAUCUCUUGAGACCUCGCUGUGUCUACAGUUUUCAGAUCUUUCGAUGCAUUCUCGAUCCUCUCCCAAUGCUUUGUCCCCCCGCCACAUCCAGCGGCAUCAAGUCGUUCCAGUACUUCGACAGUGUCGUUGAAGUUGAACGGACCUGCGAAAGCCAAGAGUCUCUCACCCACAACGUCUUCUUCUAGAAGAGCAGCAAUAUGCAAGAGUGCUGUGUCCGUGGCGUUCACAUAAUGCUGUGGAGGGAAUACGUGUCGUAGGAGAUGUAGAUCAUCCGCCUUGCCAUCCCAAAGACCUUUG